AUGAAGAUCUUCAUAUUGAGCCUGUCAUGGAUAGCUUUAAUUGUAGUGGGUGAAGAGUCGAAUUUGAAUUACGAAAAUGGCUUCGAUGGUCGAGAGGCACCCACCCUAAAACCUAUUGAUUAUUCAAACGCUAUCUACCAACCACGUUUUGCACAAAAUCCUACAUCCUUUAGAUACAAACAACAAAACACGGACCAUGUUCCAAAAGUUCCAGCAGAAAAAGAAAAUAUUCGACACUAUUUUCGAGUACGUAAGCCAAUUGCAAGAAGGAAAAUAUUUCAUAUACAAAAGGAAAGUGAAGGUAACAUACCGUUAGCUGAAUCCGAUCAAGUUAUUAAUGGAACAGUUAUUAAAACUAAUUCUACACCAGAGGAGUAUCUUAUAAAAAACGAUAUGGCCCAAGACAAACAUGAUGAUUACAUUUUGGACAAGUUACCUGAGCUAUUUGAAUUCAGGCAAGAAUCUAUUAUACUACCUUUAAUGCAAGAUACAAAUAAUGUGAAAAUAGCUGCGGGAGAUGUGACAGAAGCUACAAUGACUGUUUUAAAUGAUAUGGUAUCACCUCAAGAAUCACUUUUAAGUAUCGAUGUGAGACCAAAUACUCAAAAUAACGAGAAGUCUCCUGAGUCUGAUAAUGAAGAAGAAACUGAUAACAAUUCCUGGUUGAAAUUAGAAAAAAAUGCUGAAAAUACAGAGUUACUACAUAUCGAGGAACCCAAUGUAGACAAUCCUACUAUGAUGGUAACUAAAUAUAAUUACUUAGAAACUACCACAAAAGCUUCUUCAUCCCCAUUAAUAGAAAUUCUUUUGCUAUCUGAUGGAGGCCUUAAGUGGGAAAUGAAUGAUACAGUUGACAACGUUCCAAAACUGCUUGUUGAAGAAUUAAUCAUAGUUCCUGAUCCUUCACCAUCAUCAAUCAUCGAUGGUCGAGUUACAGAAGCAAGUGGACCACCAAAAAGUGAGAUGGUUCUAAAAGAGAGUGAAGAUAAAAUUGUAUUGUACGAUCAAUCUACGGUCAAUUCAAUAAAACAAACCAAUAGAAGUAUUGAACCAAACGACAUUAUUUUAUCGCCUGUCGUCACUGAAACUUCAGAACCUAGUACUGAAAUGAGGCUUGGAGGUAUUAAAGGUCAUCUACUCACAAAUUUAUCAACUCAGACCGAUUCCAAAAUGAAUAUAACAUUAAUAAGCAACGAUGGAAAUAAAAAUGUAAAGUCACCACGAAGGCGCCUCCGAAGACGAAAAUUAAAGAAGAAUAAAACUUUAAACAUAAAACCAGGAAAAGUCGAAGAUUUGAACACGAAUGAUAGUAUACCUAUACAAAAAGAUGAUGCUUCUACAAUUAGUACUGACAUUCCAAUUACAGAUCUUACUACCACACCGACAACAACAUUAUUUCAGCGACUUGGAGACUAUUAUAACACAAAAGUUCAAACCAGCACUCCUCGAAGUCGUUUUACCUCUUAUCGCGACACAAAACAAACAUUCAGAGGUCGGCACGGAAAUCACAGGAUUUCAAACCCAAUUGAAGAAACACAAAAACAAAUCUCGGUUCCAAGCUCUGAGAAUGUUCUUUAUCGUACUACAACAACCUCGCCAUUUAGACAAUAUCGUGCAAAAACAAAAUUCAGAAAAUGGAAUAGAAAUAGAAAUAUCACUCCUACAGUAAUAAAUCCUCAUGUAGAUGUUCCAAAACCACCAUUGGUUUCUGAAUUACCUACCAAUAUUACAGGAUAUGUGGAAAAUGUGUCAUCCUUAUCAAAAACGUUAGAGGAAAAUCAUGUUAAGGCCAACCAUAGUACAACUAUAAAUAAUGAUAAUCCUAAAACUGUUACUACGAUUGAGAUCUCUCAGUCUAAUCAUACGUCAAGCAGUCCACGUCGUAUGCGUUAUCGAAACAAGUUAAGACAUAUCAGAACGAGUACACAACCAACAACAGUAACGAGCUCGACAAGUGCUACAGUUGAAGUAAUAUCUACUACGUCUACCUUAGAAAACGAUGAAAACGUUACAUCUGGGAAUCAGUCAACAGGAAAAUCUAAGCGUCCUCCUCCACCUCCCCCAACACUUUCACCCUGGUAUGACGGUUUUGGGAAAUAG